UAGGUUGCGCACAAGCGCGCUGUCAAACGCACUUUUCUAGGUUAUAUACCCGUGACGUGAUAGUCGUGAUAGUCGUGAUACUCGUAAUCUGGACGGAACGGAAGCAGCGACAUUAAUCCCGGUCGCGGGGGACCGGGGACACCGCGGAGGACCAAGAUGCCAAUACCCAAAAAGAGUAAAGAAGACGCAAACAAGGAAGCCUAUAGUAUAGAUGCCUCACAGGAAGCCAAAUCCUUCUUAGAGAAAAUCAUGGGUGAUGUGAGCAAAUCUUCGGCAACCAAACAGAUCAUCAUUGGUAGCACAUCAGGAUGGGUAACUGGAUUCGUCACCAUGAAGAUUGGGAAGGUGGCAGCCUGUGCAGUCGGUGGUGGAAUCAUCAUGCUGCAAAUAGCUGCACAUCAGGGUUACAUAAAAAUUAACUGGGACAAGAUUAUGAGUAAAGCCGAGAAAAUAACAGAUAAAGUGGAAGAAAAGAUUACCGGCGAAGGACCAAAUUUCAUGGAUAAGGCCGAGAGAUUCGUCGAUAGAAAGCUGGAUAAAGCCGAGCGAUUGCUGAAACAAGGGAAGACCUGUACGCGGCGCUGGUACCACAUGUUGACCGGCGGCGACGAUAGCUUCCAGCCAACGGAAUUCCAUUUCUUUCUAGUCUCGUAUGUGGCGGGAGUUGCGAUUGGUAUCGCCACAGCUAACUAGGUAAUAAGUUGCUGCACUCUGAAUGCAACCAAGAGAAAGAUCGACAUUCAUGUCGCGUCAAAAAACAGCUGCUCUACUGCUAUUGACGCACAUGACAACGUCGUCGACGAGUAUAACAAUACAAUCAUGGAUGAGGUAAGAAAUAAGAUCAAUGUGUUGAAGAAAUGGGUCACGCGAAGUACGCUUAAUAAUCCUAGAUAAAUACCUUUAUUUUUUAGUCUGUUACUAUUGUUAGCGAUGAGUAAAACUUAUUCAUGCAUUAUGGAAUUGCUUAUAAUAUUUUUCCUCUUUUUAGAUUAUGAAGCAAGAAUAGAUAACGGAAUAGUUUCAAUCAAACAGUUUAUAUGAACUAUUUUAAGACCAACAUAUUUUAAGAUCAAUAAGUAGAAUAAACUUUACUCAUCGUUACUAUCUCUAGAGUUAAUACAUUAAACAAAUGAAAGUCCCUAAUGU